CAAGGGCGUUAUAAAGUUUUGUGUUGAGAGCUCACGAGCUCAGUGUAACUUUGUCACUUGUUCAGUCCUUGUCUGGAGUUUGAGCCACACUUGCAGAAACAUGGCUUCUAAUGAAAGUGAUGUGACCGGGACUCUGUUAAAUACCGAAGACCAGCAGAGUGUGGUAAGCAGAAUGGCCAACUUGCCACUAGUGAGCUCGGUCUGUGAUGUGAUUUCCAGUGCUUAUGCCAAUACAAAGGAGAAUCAUCCCUAUGUACGAACAGUUUGUGAUGCUGCCGAAAAAGGGGUUAAAACGUUUACUGCUGUUGCUGUUAGUGGAGCACAACCAAUCAUUGGCAAACUGGAACCACAAAUUGCAGCUGCAAAUGAAUAUGCAUGCAAAGGCCUGGAUAAGCUGGAAGAAAAGCUGCCUAUCCUUCACCAGCCCACUGAGAAGGUUGUUGCAGGCACCAAGGAAAUGAUGUCAUCCACAGUAACUGGGGCCAAAGGGGCUGUCAUGAAUACAGUCACAGGAGCAAAAGAUGCAGUAUCCAGCACUGUGAGCAGUGUGGUGGAUAUGGCGAAGGGUGCUGUGCAGGGCAGUGUGGACAUGACAAAGUCAGUGGUCGGCAACAGUGUAAACACUGUCCUAGGAUCAAGAGUUGGACAGUUACUGGUCACUGGGGUGGAUGUAGCUCUUGGCAAAUCGGAAGAGUGGGUGGACAACUACCUUCCAAUGACUGAGGAGGAACUGGCUGCAGUGGCAGCGUCCACUGAAGGGUUUGAGGUGGCUCCUGUAUGUAGUCAAAGUUACUAUGUUCGACUUGGAACUCUGUCUUCUAAACUGCGCCACCGUGCAUAUCAGCAUUCUUUAGGAAAAGCGAGGCAAGCCCGACUAAAAGCACAGGAGGCUCUGACCCAGCUUCACAACACCAUAGACCUGAUAGAUUAUGCUAAGAGGAGUGUGGAUUCUGCCAAUCAAAUGCUGCAAGAUGCCCAAGGAAAACUUCAUCAGACUUGGUUAGAAUGGAGAGAGAAGCAGCCUAAUCAAAAUGAGGAGGAACUUUCCGGAAGACCUGAGCAAAUUGAAUCUCAAACCUUGGCCAUGACUCGCAGCCUUACUCAACAGGUGCAGACAACAUGCCUGUCUUUGGUUUCCAGUGUCAGUGGUUUGCCUCAGAAUAUCCAAGAUCAAAUUAGGCAAAUCCGAAGCACAGCAGAGGAGCUUCAUGGUGCUUUUUCCUCCGCUCACUCUUUCAGGGAUCUGUCAGGCCAAAUCCUUGCCCAAAGUAAAGAAAAGGUGACUAUCAUGAAGGAGUCCAUGGAUGGGGUGAUGGAGUACUUGCUUAACAACAUGCCUCUCUCCUGGAUCGUGGGGCCUUUUUCCCCACAGGUGGAGCAAUCAACACUGAAAGAGGCGGAGCAGCAGAAGGUGGAGACUCAGUAGGACUCUGUGCUCGAUGUAACCAGUAAUUCAUACUCAGAAAUGCUGAAUUUUCAGGUUUCAGUGCUCUAUGUAACCCACUAAUUCAUGCUCAGAAAUGCUGAAUUUUCAGUUGCAUAAUAACCACAUGCUAAGUAACAGGCAAACAUCUGAAAUUCUAAGCUUGACUGUUGCAGAGGCUCUUUGGUGAAUAGUUUUAGGAAGGUUGAAGUAGGUCUGAACAUGUAGGUAGUUCAAUGUUUAGGUUUUGUGGCCAAUACGAAUGUAAUCUCUCCAUUGUAGACAUCAAACUCUACUAGUGGACCUGUAUUAUCUUCCACUUUCCUGUGUAAGGGAGAAGUAAUGAAUACUACCACAUUUUGAUAGUUAAAAAAAAAAAAUGUACUAAUACAACUGCAUUAUCUAACCUGCUGUACUGCAGACAUUGUUCCUGAUUGUCUUGUUGCAUUUCUAGUCUGCUGAGUUUUAAAGCAGCAACAGCAAGCAAGACCUAUUGUUACUGUGAUAUUGUGUGCUAAACUGACUUUUCUAGCUGUCUGAAUGCAUUUCUGUUGGAAUGUACCUAAUUAUUCCUGUUUUCACUUCUGUUAGUAAGGAUCCCUUUUGGAAACUCUAAAUGAAAGUUAAGCACAAGUUAUCUGAAUAGUCUAACAUACUAUGUAUAAGAUUAUGGGGGUACUGAAAAUGUAACCGGUUGUGGAGGAAUGCACUCUUUGGAACAGAAGGUUUGAAAUUUUCUGCUUCAGCUUUGUAACUGUGUGAGAAAUAAGUCACAAUAAAAAUGUGUGUUUAA